CUCUCUCUCUCUCUCUGUCUCUCUCCCCCCAGCAGGACCGCGGUGUUCCCACAGCUGAACAGGCGUUUUGAAUUCGGUGCUGCUGGUGAUGUAACGCUUCUAAUCUCAGCGCUCAACUCCACACACUGUUACCACCGCCAUCUCCGCUCCCGGAGCAUGGGACCCUUCAAACUCUGAAGUGGCAGGAACAAGUCAGACCAGCGAGAGAAAGGAGGGGUAAAUAAUCCAAAAGAGAGCGGGAAGAUGGAGUCCAUAUUGUCAAAGCAGUCGGCCGCAGUGGACGAGCUCGUGGAAGCGUGCAUCCAAGCCUUCGAUGGGAGCGGCGCUUUGAAGGACACUUCCUUGGUGCGCAUGUUUCUCAUGAUGCACCCAUGGUAUAUCCCCUCAACAGAAAUGGCGAAGAAGCUGGUGCUCAAAUCUCAAGAGGAGAGCUGCACUGCUGAGCGCCGAACGAGAAUAUGUCACCUCGUCAAGUACUGGAUCUCUGAGUUUCCAGCAGAGUUUAAUCUGAGCCCGGAGCUGGCGGACCAGAUCAAAGACUUUAAAGACCUCCUGAGCACAGAGGGCAACGCGAGCCAGAGCCAGCUCAUUGACCUCGACAGUGUGCCGUCGUAUAAAUGGAAGCGGCAGGUGACUCAACGUGUCCCCUCGGUGUCCAAAAAGAGGAAAAUGUCCCUGCUGUUUGACCAUCUUGAUUCCUGUGAACUGGCUGAACACCUGACCUACCUGGAGUACAAAUCCUUCUGCAAAAUCCUGUUUCAGGACUACCACAGCUUUGUGAUGCACGGCUGCACAGUGGAAAACCCAAUCCUGGAGCGUUUCAUCACCCUUUUCAACAGUGUGUCCCAAUGGAUCCAGCUCAUGGUGCUCAGCAAGCCCACCGCCCCGCAGAGGGCCACCGUCAUGUCCCACUUCAUCAGAGUGGCACAGAAGCUGCUGCAGUUGCAGAACUUCAACACGCUGAUGGCUGUGGUGGGCGGCCUCAGCAACAGCUCCAUCUCUCGUCUCAAAGACACGCAGGCCCACAUCAGUGCCGAGACCAACAAGGUUUUCAACAACCUCAUUGAACUGGUGACGUCGUGCGGGAACUACAGUCAAUAUCGAAAGCGCUUCUCCGAGUGCUCGGGCUUCCGCUUCCCCAUACUCGGCGUGCACCUGAAAGACCUGAUAGCCGUGCACGUGGCGCUGCCAGACUGGGCCGACAAAGAGAAAACGCGGGUCAACCUGGCAAAGGCCCAACAGCUGUACGCCAUCCUUCAAGAGCUCGCGCUGAUCCAGACCACACCGCCUCACGUCGACGCCAACACGGACCUGCUCAACCUGCUCACGGUGUCUCUGGACCAGUACCACACAGAGGAGGAGAUCUACCAGAUGUCUCUGCAAAGAGAACCUCGUAAGCCGGCGCAGAACUCCAGCCCCGCCAGCGCGGCCGACCCCAAGCCCACCAUGAUCGACGAGUGGGCUGUGUCGGUGAAGCCCAACGCCGACCCGACGAUCAUCAAGAAUCACAUAGAGAAGAUGGUGGAAUCAGUCUUCAAGAACUUUGACUCGGACGGUGACGGCCACAUCUCCAGGGAGGAAUUUGAAGCGAUCAGGAACAACUUCCCUUACCUCAGCAAGUUUGGUGAACUGGACAAAAACCAAGACGGGAAGAUCAGCCGAGAGGAAAUGAUAGACUACUUUAUGAAAGCCAGCUCUCUGCUGAACUGCAAGAUGGGUUUCAUCCACACUUUUACGGAGGCCACCUACGUAAAGCCCACGUUCUGCGAGCACUGCGCCGGCUUUAUAUGGGGCUUCUACAAGCAAGGCUACAAGUGUAAAGCUUGCGGGGUGAGCUGCCACAAGUCCUGCCGGAGCCGCCUGGCCGUCGAGUGCCGGAAGAGGACAAAGAGCAUAAGCCACGAGACGCCGCCGGCCCUCCAGGCCAGAUCCUACAGCUUCCCUCUGCCUGCCAACACCUCACCCAGCUUGCAGAACACAGUGAUUGCUGAAGAGGAUGUAGAGACACUGGAGGAAGGAGUGUUUGAUGUCCACCUAUAACCAGGGUCCUUGAACUUAAGUAUAUUUUGAUGAGCAGGCAAGUGACAGUCUCUCAAUUUUAGAAUCCCUCCCGCGGUUGACGUGUAAGAAGGCAAAUCAGCGACUGUUUGGGCGGCAGCCAGACAGGAAGUGCUACAGAAUUUCACUUUUACAAGCCUGAACCCUGCUGAGACAUUGCACUGAAAACAAGCCAGGACAAGCUGCCACACAGUGGACAGUUACUGCAACAGCUAACUCACAGGAAUGUGAUGACCAACGUGAAUGGAAUGUCUUGUGUGAUUUUGCUUGUAUGAUGAUUUAUACGUCUGCAUUUUGAUUUCGUCUUGCUUGAGAGUGUUACUGUAAAACUAACUAUAUAUCAAAAUGAAAAAUAAUCGACAAAACCGUAUUCUCUGGGUGGAAUGUUAAAUUCAGUGGAGUUUAUAAUUUGAGUGCACUCUGCUGCCAGUUUGAAUGGCUCUCUACUUUCCUUUUUUCUCUUUUCUUUAGAACACAAACAUGGUGGAAAGAAUGUUAGCCUGCCACCGAAACAAAGCCACUGUCUUCUUUGUCUGGAGAGCUCUGCUUUUGGUUGUUUGUCAUCUUUUUUUUUAUAAAUGCAUUUCAAUGGGAGAAUAAUCGGACCAAUUUUUAUGUCAAAUGAAAAACUGUGGAUUUGUGAUGUUUGUCUGAAGCAUGAUGACAAAAGGAACAAUUUUCCCAACUAAGGAAACAGCUGAAAUGACUGUUGGACAGUAACGAUUAUGAUGAACUUUGGACAAUAGUGUAUUUUUUUGCCAUGUUUACCUGAAUUUGGUUAACUGUCCUAUAGUUAUUGCUGCGGUGAUGUUUUCAGUAUUACAGUGUUGUCUUGUACCAAUGCACUGAUAGGUGAUCCAUCCUCUUGCAGUACAGUGAAUGUAGCACUGACAGUGAAAUGCUGCUGACAGAUGAAGUCUCCAUUUAAGACGGCGUGGGAGCAGGACGCUGGUUACUGCCACGGAGUCCAGUUUCUGUUUGUGCCUCGAGUUCUUAGUGUGUCCGUAAAAAGAAAUAAUCCCGGCGUAAUGAAACUUUCACUUGACAGCAGUGAAUGAAGCUUAUCUUGUUUCUUGAGAAUCUGUUUUGAUGCUAGUUGUAUUUUGCUGUUUCCAUCCUGCAUGCUUCUCCCUUCGUGGCUUUAUUCCCGGGCCACAUUGGAGGGUUUUUGAAUUUGUUAAUGUAGCAUGCCAAAUUUUGUUUUUAUUUAUGAAAUUCCUGCUUUGUGCUGGAGAAGAGAUGAAUUCAGACUUUGAUUAGCACAUGGUUAAAUGCUGGUUUUGUCAAUGUAUGAGCCUGUUUAUUGUUCUGUUUAAAUAUUGCUAAAUAGCUUAGUUCCUUCUGUGUCACUGACUGCCUAACGAAAGAUGUUUGUUGUCAUUCUGUGAAUGAAUCUUUCAGACUGAUGCCGUGCUACUCCUUCCUGUCCACUCAGUCCCCCAGUAUUAAAUGAAACGUUUACUUAUUCA